AUGAGCUUCAAAGGCUUCCAGAAGAGCCUCACUCGGGCUCCGCAACAGUUCAAGUCCAAAUUCAACAUUGGCGAGCAUACCAAAGAUGCUGUCUACAUCGAUGCCGAACGUCGUUUCCAGGAACUCGAGACUGAGACCAAGAAGCUCCACGAUGAGUCCAAAAAGUACUUCGAGUCCAUCAAUGGCAUGCUCUCCCAUCAGAUCGAGUUCAGCAAGGCCAUGACCGAAGUCUACAAGCCCAUCUCGGGUCGCAUGUCAGACCCAGACUCAAUGAAGAUCGAGGGUAACCCCGAAGGCAUCCGUGCUUGCGAAGAAUACGAGGCUGUAGUCAAGGACCUGCAAGAGACAUUGGCACCGGAGUUGGAAAUGAUAGAAUCUAGGAUUAUCCGUCCCGCUAACGAGUUGCUCGACGUCAUCAAGGUGAUACGCAAGACCGCCCUCAAGCGUGAACACAAGAGACUAGACUACGACCGACACCGCACAACACUCAAGAAGCUGCAGGACAAGAAAGAGCGCACUGCCAAGGACGAAAAGGCAAUGUGGAAGGCCGAAGGAGAUGUCGAGCAAGCCACCCAGGACUUCAACUACUUCAACGAUCUCCUCAAGGACGAGCUACCCAAGCUUUUCCAGCUCGAGCGUGAAUUCAUCCAGCCCCUCUUCCAAUCGUUCUACUACAUGCAGCUCAACAUCUUCUACACACUCCACGAGAAGAUGCAAAAUUGCGACAUCGGUUAUUUCGAUCUCACGCUCGACAUUGAAGAUGCUUUCCAUGAGAAGCGCGGCGACAUUCAAGAACAGGCCGAGGCACUGUCCAUCUGUCGCUUCAAGACCACCGGUCGCCCACGACCUGUGCGAUACGGGGCCAAGCCUGCCCUCGAAGGCCCCAAGCAGCCCGCACUCCUUACACAGGGAGGCGAGGGUUCCAAACCGCCAAGCAGCACUGUGACGAGCCCCAAAAUUGGGGGCUAUCAACGCCCCGCCUCGACCGCCAACGAAGGUGCCGCUCCUCCGCCGUACAGUCCUCCAACAGGCGCCAAUGCAGGCCUGGCAGCUAUCGCUGCUGGUAAGAAGAAGCCACCGCCUCCUAAGCCUAAGCCCAAGCCCAUGCGCCUCACCGCCCCGGGAGUUGAGACUGUAACAGCUCUGUACGAUUACGCUGCGCAAGCCGAGGGCGAUCUAAGUUUCCGAGCUGGUGACGUUAUCGAGAUUGUUACAAGGACGCAGAACGAGAACGAAUGGUGGAGUGGACGACUGCAAGGCAAGGAGGGACAGUUUCCAGGCAAUUAUGUCCAGCUCAACAGCUGA